UUAAACAAAUUAAAUGAAUCAAGUGUUUUAAAAACCAACUGGCUAGAUGCUUUAAAGCUAAUCAAUUUUGAAAGCAUGAGCCGAUCAACAUCUUCAUCGGCACUGUCAAAUUUAGCGAGAUCUCUAAAUGCUGUUGAAAAGAUAAGCGCCAACAAUGUUACUAGUCUGCAAAGGUACAAACAUUCUAGUCAAACCUUCAAAUACAUUAUCGCUUUAGAUCUGGAGGCCACAUGCUGGCCGAAGGAAAUUCAAAAAUGGAAACAACACGAGAUUAUUGAAUUUCCUGCAGUACUCCUGAACCUGAGCACGGGCCAAAUUUAAGCAGAAUUCCGCCAGUACGUUAUGCCGAUCGAGAAUCCCCAGAUAAGUGCGUUUUGUACCGAGCUAACCGGUAUCUACCAGCAACAGGUGGAUGCCGGUGUGCCAUUAGGCACCUGCCUUUUACUGUUCGGCAAGUGGCUUGAGCGAGUUCUUGCCGAGCGGAAUCUAACACUACCAAAAACAAACCCGCACGAUCAGAUCGGAAAUGUAGCAUUCGCCACAUGGACCGAUUGGGAUUUGGGCGUAUGCUUGAACAAGGAAUGCACGCGAAAGGGGAUCUCUAAGCCGGCCUGCUUCGACUUGUGGGUCGAUGUAAAAGCCAUUUAUAGGCAAUUCUAUCACAGCGUUCCGGAUAGUUUUAGAAAUGCCCUGAAAAAUCUUGAUUUAGUAUUUGUGGGAAGACCACAUUGCGGUUUAGACGAUUCGCGCAAUCUCGCCAGACUGAUGGUGCGCAUGUGCAGGGACGGAGCAAAUUUUGUAAUCACCAAGGAUUUGAAGCCAUUUAGCCGUUUGAGUAACGCUGGUCGGAAUCCAUUUUAUUGAAAAAAAAUCUGAAUAUCUCAUCCGAAAACGCACUACGAUUGUUUAGUUUUU